AAAGUCCUUUCACCAACUGCUUCAUAAAUGCCUGAUGUAAUUCAUUUAUCUUUAUUUGUUGCUGCCCCUGUAACGCUCUUCCUGAUUAAGGAAUAAUUUUAGGAUCACAAAAACGUUUCAAGAUGUCCCACUUUCAUGAUGUUCCCUGGGAUAUUUCCUUCUCUGGAUCUGGAUUCCUGGCUACCUAUCAGCUGGGUGUUGUCCUGUGCUUCCUGCAGUAUUCACCCUGGAUUCUGCAGUCAGCACCCUUCAUCCUCGGAGCGUCUGCAGGAUCUGUGGUUGCAGCGGCUGCUGUCUGUAAAGUUGACCCAAUUACCAUUCGGGAUGAGAUGAUUCUUUUUGCCAAGAAGGCGUUGGCUUCUCCACUUGGACCACUUAACCCUUCAAAUGGGGUUUCGAAGUGGUUGGAAAGUGUUUUGCGCAAACACCUUCCAUCAGAUGCACACCAUUUCGCAAGCGGCCGCCUCGGUGUUGCUGUGACACGUCUCUCAGAUGGGAUGCAGUUAAUCCUGUCGGAAUAUCAAUCCAAAGAAGAUGUUGUGGAUGCUCUGAUGUGUAGCUGCUUUGUCCCUGGAUACUGUGGCUUUCUGCCUCCAGAAUUCAAAGGAGUCCACUACAUGGAUGGUGGCUUUAGCGGACUCCAGCCCUUACUGUCUGAGGCAUCAAGCCGUACACUGACUGUCUGCCCAUAUUCUGGAGAAGCUGAUAUCUGCCCAACUGAUCCUCCUAGUGUGAUGGAAGUGGUAGCUACUGGAGCCAUUCUUAAUUGCAACAUGGCUAAUGGCUUUAGGAUACUCAAUAGUCUUUAUCCUCUGACUCUAGAGACUGUAGAGCAAGCUUUCCAUGUUGGCUUCAAGGAUGCCAUCCAAUUCCUUCAAAGCAAUGAUGUUGCCCUUGGUGUGAAAGGGCACAGUAUAGCCCAACGGUCCUUGAACCAUAACCCUGCCAAUUCCAAGAUGGAUCUAAAUACACCCAAAGUGGAAGAGCAGGAGAUGAAAGAGGCUGAACAAACUGACCUGAAAACAUCUUUAGAAGAAUCUAGAUCCAUGCAAAUGUUCAACUCCACCAUGCAAGAACCCAUCGAAGAUCCUCUCCCCCAUUUUGACAUAAUGAAAAAUGUUCUCAUGGGAAAUGUGACGACGUACCUGAGUAUGUUUGGGUUACCAGUGAGGAUCUUUUCCAAUCUGCUUCUACCUUUGGUAGUGUCAUUUUAUGCCAUGCUCCAAAGUAGACAAAGACUGAAGCUGCUGUUCAAAGAGGUCCCUCAGCUUGUUGUUUGGGGUUGGCAUUUUACGAGACUUACUGGAUUUUUCUUCAUCAACAUUUUGAUCUAUAGUCUCCAGAGGCUUAUAAAAGACCGGUUAACACGCUUCUUCCUGCUGCUGCAAUGGCUGAAGUUACAAACACAGUAUGAAGUCCUAUGAGGAGAUAACAAUCUUUCUUCUUCUGAUUUACACUACUCAAAAAAGGAAACAUCUAAGGAACACAUUUAUAACCAAAAAUAAACCAGACAAGAAGCGGAAGUAAGAGGCAGUUAACAAGAAAACCCUAAAAGAAGAGUGGUUCUGCGGGUGGUAUCCUUUCUGGCUAAUGUUUUAUACACUUUUGCAUCUUGUCCAUACAUGGGGCUUGUGCUUAUAUCUCAGUACUAUGCAUGGCAGUUUACAUUUGCCAGGGUACACCAAAUUUGUAAAAUUCACCAGUGGUACCAUAUGCUCUUCACAAAUGAGAAAAGGUUCUACUAUAUACUAUUCAUACUAAGCACAUAUGACAGAUGUGAUAUGUACUUUUUUUAGAAUAUUUAUCUGCCUGCAACAUCCCUCAGCAUGAUUAUGGGUCAUUAAUGGUUUGUGGAGGCAUUUCUCUGGAGGCCUAUACUGCCCUAAAUUUGCCAGCCAGAGGUACCCUGACUGCCAUAAGCUACCAGACUUUAGCUACCUGUGGUUAAAGUGGGUCAGCAGUUCCUGCAUUAUGAAGGCAUUGAUGCUAUAGACUGCCUGUAACCCAGAUCUGAAUCCAGUUGAGCACACCAAAUAUGUUAUAUGUUAUUUCACUGAGGAAUACCAAGUUGGACCACAGAUUGUCCAGCAGUUUACUGAUGCUUUAAUCUAGGUCUAGGAAGAGAUACCAGGAGAAAACCUGUAAUGCAUCUGGCCUUUAAGUAGUUGCCCAAUUGAAAAAAAAAAAAAAAA